AUGCUCUCUAAAAGUUUAAUAUUAUGGACUAUUUUAUGCGUACUCCCUUUAUUGAAUAGCUUAGCAUUUAUAUCAGCAUCACCAAUCAAAAAGAGUGCUUACGUUCCAGAGACGAAAACUUUUUAUCUUCAUCUUUACAAAGCAAAACUUUCACCAGAUGGAUUUGAACGAGUUGUUUGGACUGUAAAUGGAACAUAUCCUGGACCAACUCUUGUUGUAACAAAGGGUGAUAGACUCGUAGUUCACGUUAUUAAUAAUUUAGGAGAACCAACAUCGAUUCAUUAUCAUGGAUUUUUUCAAAGGGGAACCAAUUGGUAUGAUGGAGUUCCUGGACAAACGCAAUGUCCAAUACCUGACAAUACAACAUUUAUUUACAAUUUUACAGUUCCGGAUCAAAGUGGUACAUAUUGGUAUCACCAUCUGGCUCAGUAUGUUGACGGUGUUCUAGGUGCCAUUAUUGUCAAAGAUCCAGAUGAUCCAUAUCAGAAUGAUUAUGAUGAAGAAAUGAUAAUUCUUUUAUCAGAUUGGUAUCAUAAUGAAACAUCCACUUUAUUAAGUUAUUAUUUGUCUCCAGCAAGUGAUGGAACUGAGCCACAACCAGAUAAUGGAUUAAUUAACGGAAGGAAUAAUUAUAAUUGUACAUGGGUACCUGUUUCUCAUAAAUGUAUUGAUAAUGCUGGUCUUUCAAAGUUUAACUUUGUUCAUGGAAAGAGAUAUCGUUUGAGAGUCAUAAAUACUAGUGCAUUUUCAAGUUUUACAUUUUCGAUUGAUGAACAUGAAAUGGAUGUAAUCGAAGUGGAAGGAAUGAUGACAAAAAGACACAAAAUUCACCGCCUUAUCAUUAACGUGGCACAACGUUAUUCAGUAAUCGUAACUGCUGAUAAACCAGUUUCGAAUUUUUGGAUGAGAGCUGAUUUACAAAUUAAAUGUUACUAUGAUUCAUCUAUUGAAAUCGUACAUCUCAAUCCUUAUGUAAAAGCCAUAGUUCAUUACGGGGGUGCUAAUCAUCUUAAUCCCACAACAAAAGGAUGGGCAGAUAAUCUUAAUAGCCUUAAUAAUUGUAUCGAUUUGAACACAUCAGAUCUUAAACCACUUGUCUUGGAAAAUAUCCCAAGAAAAGCUGAUCAGACCAUAUAUCUCAAUGUUUCUUUCGAUGAAGAUGCCUCUCAUAUUAACAGAGGAAUGAUUAAUGGUACCUCAUACGUAAUUGAUGAAAGAAAUCCAACUAUAAAUCGAGUCAUGUUUAAAAACCAAACUUUAUUUAAACCAAGUCAAAAUGUCUUUGGCCUAUUUAAUGUUUCAAAAGUUAUUGAUCUUGUGGUUUAUAACAGUGAUGACGGAGAACAUCCAUUUCACUUGCAUGGUCAUGUGUUCUGGGUACUUGGUUCGGGUCCGGUUGGUACUGAGCCAGAUUUUUCGAAAUUAAAUAUCUACGAUCCAAUUAAACGUGAUACCGCAACUAUACCUCCUGAAGGAGGCUGGAUUGUGAUUAGAUUCGAAGCAAAUAAUCCUGGAAUAUGGGCUUUUCAUUGUCACAUCGAGUGGCAUGUAGAAGCAGGAUUGGUCGCUCAAUUUAUUGAAUUACCUAAUGAACUCAGGAAAUUAAAACCUCCAGCUGAUUGGGAAGAGUUAUGCAUUAAAUCGUAUAAUCCUUAUAAUGAUUUAAUAAUGCAGCCUGAACAAAGAAUCUUUCCAGAAAAAGAAAUGUCUUCUCGAACACCGUCACCCAACUUGAUCGAUUUUGGUAACGUAGUUGAAGAGAGCGUGUCAGAAAAGUUUUUUACAAAUAGUCAAGAUUCUUCAGACGAAAAUAGUGCACGUGAUUUGGAUGAAUCAAGCCAAGAAUUAGAUUUCGAAAAACCAAUUGCUAAAGAAGACUUGAGUCAAUAUAUGGAAAGGGUUCGUCCACUGCUUAAAUAUCUCGAAGACCUAUCAUGUUUGGAUCAGCAUUAUUUCUACGAAUCAAGUUCUUCAAACUUUAAUUCUACUGAAGAAUCUGACGAACAAAGUGUAGAGAAUAUCAUAGGAGAUGAUUCGUUUGAUUUAUUCAAUAUUUUUGAUUCGGAACAUUUUAUGGAUGAGGUUGAAAAUAUUGAAGAAGAAACUUGCCCAUCUGCAAUUGAUUCAGAGGAAUCGAUCGGAAUCGACGCUAUUGCGAUUGAUCAUAUUUCAGAUACUCUUGAAGUUGAAGCUGAAGGGUCUCAUUCCAUAUGCCCUAGAUCACGAAUGGAUUUGGUUUUACAUAAAUAUAAAACAAAUAUGACAACAAUGAUAGAUACCUCUUACAUAGAAUUAGAUACUCAGUUAGAAGAAUCCUAUGAAAUGGGACAUUUUAUGAAUGAAUCAGCUCAAAAUGUUGAUACCAUAUUAUCAUUAUCCGUGGCCUCAAAACUUCAAGAAAAUAAAUCAAUGUUAGAAGCUAAAAUAAAUGAUUUGAGGUCUGAACGAACACAUGAUAAAAAGCAACAAAUCAAGAUAUUAGCUAGUGACGAAGAAAUAAAGCGCAUCAAAAAAGAAUCCGAGCAUUUUAAACAGAAAAUACGAAAAAUAGAAGCCGAUAAAAUUUGUGAACCGACGGAUGCCGGAAUGAUAUAUUUCGUUCCCACUAAGUCACAAAGGCAAGAAUACUAA